AUGUUUGCAAAAGUCAGUGUGCUGUGUGUGGUCCUGAUAGCCACGGCUAUAGCCAGUUCACUCCCAGUAGACGAAAAUGAAGAUCUACUACCUACAAUUGUACCGGACGUUGGCGAUUCACUGACGUCUGAGCAAACAACGAAACAUACACCUACCGUUUCUCUGGGAUUGGUACAUGCCUUUGUUGCAUCACUUUCUGUGAUAAUUGUCUCGGAGUUGGGCGACAAAACAUUUUUCAUUGCCGCUAUUAUGGCCAUGCGACAUUCAAGAAUUACAGUAUUCACAGGUGCUAUAUCUGCUCUUGCACUUAUGACUGUCUUAUCAGUUUUAUUUGGAUAUGCAGCAACAGUUAUACCUCGAGCGUACACAUAUUACAUAUCAACAGCUUUGUUUGCUGUGUUUGGACUUAAAAUGUUAAGAGAAGGUUUCAAAAUGUCUCCUAAUGAAGGACAAGAUGAACUUGAAGAAGUACAAGCAAAUUUACGACGAAAAGAUGAUGAGAACAAGAAGAAUAAUAAAGAUGCGUCUCCAGUCACCGAGAAAGACGAUAAAUCGCCUGCGGUUAUGCCAUCCGUGGUUGAAACUAUCAACGUGACUGUUGACAAUAGUACUGACUUUAAGGAUGCUGACAUUGAACAACAGGCUCCAAAAAGAUGUCGAUUACGAUUCGGUAGUAAGAGUUUGUUGAUUGUGUCAAAAACUCUGAUUCAAGCUUUUACAAUGACAUUCCUCGCAGAAUGGGGAGACCGUAGUCAAUUAGCCACUAUAAUUUUGGCAGCUAGAGAAGAUGCUUAUGGUGUUGCACUUGGAGGAGUCUUAGGACAUUCUUUAUGUACCGGAUUAGCUGUUAUCGGUGGUCGUUUCAUUGCUCAAAAAAUAUCUGUUCGAACUGUAACUAUUGUGGGCGGGGUUGUAUUUAUAAUGUUUGCUGUGACUGCAUUAAUGUUUGAUCCAAAUGAAGGAGAAACGUAG